AUGCUGACGGCUGGUACUGCAGAGGAAGCCGAGGUCAAGUACCGCGAGACUCGGCAGGUGUUCAACUCCGCGUCCAUGAAUGUACGUGAGUGGUCAUCCAAUGACCCUGCUACCUCCUCUGUGUUUGACCCGAGUGUGACGGCGACGAACACGAGCCAGAAAGUUCUCGGCCUGCAGUGGGAUACCGUCGCCGACACAUUCCACAUUCCAGGUGUGAGCUCCGAGUCGCCUGACGUCGACAGCAUAGCAUCCAAACGGCGUGUUUUGCACAACGUAGCACGCAUUUAUGAUCCACUCGGACUCUUCAACCCAGUCACCUUCCAUGCCAAAGUGUUUUUGAGAACGCUUUGGAGGGACGACCUAUCUUGGGACGACGCUCUACCCACAGAACGACUCGAGCAAUGGCAGUCCAUAGAGGGUAUACUUGAGCCGGUCGCAGACAUCCGUAUCCAACGCCGAACCUCCACUCUGAAGUCAGUCACCGAUCGACAACUUCAUGUCUUCUGUGACGCAUCAAAGGACUCCUAUGCAGCGUGUGUCUACCUCCGUGAAGCCAACGGACCUGAUGCGACAUCGACACUGCUCUUCUGCAAGAUGCGAUUGGCGCCAGCAAAAAGGGAGCUCACCAUACCCCGCCUAGAGCUCAUGGGCGUAGUCAUUGCAACCAGAGCUCUGCUAUUUGUGCGCAAAGAGCUCGGCAUCGACAUCACGAAGAGCUUCCUGUGGUGCGACUCACAGUGCGUUCUCCGCUGGCUUGUUACGCAUAAAGACAUGAGUGUGUUCGUCCGUAACCGUGUCAAAGAAGUCCAGCAAGUAGAAGAUCUGUCAUUCCGGUAUGUUCGCAGCGAAGACAACCCUGCAGAUCUAGCAACGAGAGGCGCCACUGUGCCUGACCUCAGUGACAUCUGGUGGCACGGACCUCACUGGCUGCGACAAGCCGAGGACAACUGGCCCACCUGGCAGCGACCUCCCAUCACUCCAGAAGAUUUCAAGAAUGUGAUGGCCGAGUGCAGGGGACCCAAGGCUGUCUUCGAAGCAUCACUUGUCGCCAACACGGAAGACACACCUGUCGUACAAUCGACUGGUCUAGCUGGGAUUGAGCCGGGACACCGACAGCUGUCAACUCUAUUGCGAAUCACUGCCAAUUGUCUGGUCUUUCUACGAAAGAAGAUCUGGCAGCGACUCUCCAGUGACAGCCAACAGAAGCUGAGGACAAAGCACCCACUCCUCGCAACAGUCCUGUCUGAAACGCCCUCCAUUCGCCUAUCUAACUGCCUUUGGGUGAGGCAUAUCCAGCAGCAAAGCUUCCCAGACAUGGAGUCGAAGAAUAGCAGCAUAGUGACGCAACUCGGCAUCCACGCAGAUCAGUAUGGUGUGCUCCGGUGCCACGGAAGACUUGGCAAGGCAUAUGAGGCUACGGAUUCCACACCUCCCGCGCUACUGCCACGGAACCACUGGUUCACUACAGCUGUUGUCGAGGAGAUGCAUCGACAAGCUCUCCACGCUGGACCGGCACACACGCUCACCCUGAUACGACGCAGCUACUGGCUUCCAAAGGGAAAGGCAGCGGUGCAAAGGAUUCUUCGCCAGUGUACCACGUGUCGUCGCCAUGAGGGCCAAUCAUUCCGCCUGCCGCCGAUGCCGUCGCUUCCAAAGGAGCGAGUUUCAAGGUCCAACCCCUUCCAGUAUGUUGGGACGGACUACUUUGGUCCGCUGCGAGUCAAGCAACCUGGAGGCACUGACAAGGUCUGGGUGUGCAUAUUCACUUGCUUCACUGUACGAGCAAUCCAUUUGGAAUUGGUUUCAGACAUAUCAACAUCGCAAUUCGUCAUGUGCUUUCGCAGAUUUGUGUCUCGCCGAGGUGUGCCGCACAUGGUAUACUCCGACAAUGCCAAGCAUUUCAAACUCGCCGCAUCUGUGUUCCGAGAUUUAUGGCACACGGUCAUCAAUGAUCCCGAUCUCCACAGCUACAUAUCCUCACAAGGGAUAACCUGGCGCUUCACUACUGAGCUUGCCCCCUGGCAAGGUGGCAUCUAUGAACGUCUGAUCGGCACAGUUAAACGGUCCUUUCGGAAGGCCAUCGGUCGUAGCCUACUGACCCGUGACGAACUGCAGACUUUAUUAACUGAGGUUGAAGCUGUAACCAACUCGAGACCGCUGACCGCAAUACCAUCAGACGAAGACUCGCCGGAUGUGUCUGUCUUGACACCUGCACACUUCUUGAGCCCAGGUCUGUCCCUGAUGGCACCAUUCGGAGCGCUGGAUGAACAAGAGGAGGAGUAUAAUCCCACCAACAACGAAGACACCUCGCACAUUCUAUUGCGACGAUGGCGUCAUCAUACACGGAGAUUGGAAGACUUCUGGAAACAAUGGAAGGAAGAAUAUCUCAUGAUGCUCCAAGAGAGAUCAACGCCACUACAUCGACUGCAACGCCAUCAGUCUGCUAGCCUAACUUCACGAAUCGGCGACAUCGUCAUCGUGAAGCAGGAAGGAACUCCGAGAGGUUUCUGGAGAAUUGCAAGGAUUGAAGACCUGCCGAAGAGUACAACAGACAAAGCCAUCAGAAGUGCUAAAGUUCGCCUGCCGUCGAGGAAUAUCGUCUCACGUCCACUGUCUCAUCUGUAUCCGCUGGAAGUGUCAGCAAUCCAAGAGCCAUCAUCUCCCCAGGACUCCAACGAUGCAGCGACGGAAGAGCCACAACAGCGAAAGGGCAACGCGCCAAAUCGACCACUUGUACAGCGACCAAGAAGAAAGGCAGCAGAAAGAGCCGCGAAGAACAUUGAAUCUUGGCUCGCAUGA